UUACUUCAUGGAAAUUAAAUCAGACCGAGACGCUAAGGCAGAAGAACUACUGUGUCUGCAGUGCAAAAUGAUUAUUAUGAUGAUUAUUACCUCAAGGAAAUGAUCCACUGCACUCGAUGAUCAACUCGUCAGGACUCCCCCUCAAACAAGCGGCUGCUGGAGGAGAGUAGGUGAGUUGUGUUUAGUCUCUUUGCUAGAGAAAUCAGGCAAAGCUAAAAAGAUGUUUGAUGGCUAGUACUAUGGCUGGGACCCUAUAAGUACUAUUGAUGAAGUUAGGUGCUGCUCUGAGCAUUAUUUGUGGCUAUAGAGUGGCUUUUUGGUUGAGGUUUAAACUUGGAGACGUAGACCGCUGUGUAUUCCUAUCGUGCAGUCGUUGCUGAAGUUAUAACUAGAGAAGCAAGCAGUCGGAAACAUUCAUCUCUUGAGGGGGUGUCUAACUCGGUGUUACAGUGUGUUUGACCCUAACUUAAUUUUACGCAGGAAUAUCCCUUUAAUGCAUCGUGAUCUUAUGUAAGUUGCUUUGAGAGUGCUGCAAAGGGAGAAGGAGAUUGCAAAAGAUGAAAUAAAAGCUGAGAAUAAAAUUCAGAAUAAACGCAUCAAGUAAAAACAAGUGGAGUCUUUCCACAGAAGAACAUGGAACAAGCUUUAGUUCUGAAAAGCCCUUUGAAUUGACAGCAGUAUAUUUAUCAUGCAUGUAAAACAUAAUCACAGCUAAAUAGAGUAAGUACAGCCCUCAGGUGUGAUGCUCAUACCAGCAGUCUGAACAUCAUAAUCUAUUCACAUACACGCCACAACUCUGAGUUUGUCACACAGCCGAUACAAGCAAAGCAAACUCAACCAAACCGUAUUAAACCAAACCAGACUGCUCGGCAGAAACGCUGUCCAUAUUGACCGCAUCCAUUACUAAUACACCUCUGACACAAACCACACUGCCAUCAGCUGUGAGCAAGAGACAAGAGGGAGACAUCUGAGAUUGAGAAGUAUGUUCGGACUUCCAGUUUUUGCACUUUGAAAGAGUUUGGCCUCAAAAUUUCAAUCACAGAUAUGGUAUCAUUAAUACUCCACUAUCAUUGAUAAGUUAAACAGGCUAAGAAGCGCUGAAAUAAACGGUCCCACCACCUCGGCACUGUCCCUCCAAUUAUCUGCUGCUGUGAGAUAAGACAAUUACUGCUCUGACCUUUAUGAAUUGCUGUUUUAAUGCGAGUGACAGAAAUUAAUAGAAACAGGAGUCAAACAAUUGUUUCACCUCAAGGUGUCUUGGAUUACAUCGCUUGCAGCCAGUCAAUGUUCAAUGUUACUAAUCAAAUAAGAAAUAUCGCAGCACCUCAGAAAACACAAUUUUGACACAAGGUGGACACAGAGAAAUCAAACUAUCCAAACUUUUGCCUCUAACUUCAGCAGAUGUUGUCCCUGAAUGUUAGUUUUUUAGUAAAUUAAAUAAGAAUCAUCUUGCUAAAGAAUAAGGCUCAAAAUAAAGAAGUCAUACAGAGUGCAAGCACUGAUGUCAGACUACAGAUAACAAAAGUCUUUCUUUCUUAAAUUACUAAAUUAAAUUACUGUCUGUAAAAUUGCUCAUGUAAGAAAUCUGAAAUUCAGAAACUUUGGGAAAAGUUUCUUUUAAAGUCAAAAUCUUAUCAUGUGCACCACAAACUUCCUCUCAAAACCACCAUCUUUAUCAGCAAAGACACUUUCUAUAUUUUGCUGGAGUAAUGUUUUUUCUUCUGCCCCUAAUCUAAUAAUGUAUGCAUUUAUUUCCUACACCCCUCGCCGCUGUAGGCCGUGUUCGAAAAAGUAGAUUAAGGUGUAAAUCACCAAUUGUGUACAGCAAGAAGAAUAGAAACGGAGAGAGAGGCUGAAGAUUAAAGUUUCAUCUCUGUGAUUGGUGACCGUCAUGACUGCAGAUGGUAAAAACAAGAGCAGAGACAGAGAGCGGGGAAAUGAAGCAGGAAAUAAACUACCCAGUGAAGAAGUGAACAUGGCCUCUAUGAACGACAAGUCAUCGCUAAACCCGCCUGAGGCUGAGAGCAGCAAACGAAUUUACCCCAUUUAUGGGAAAAUCUGGAAAACAUCCAUAUUCACGCGGGAAAAAAAGGUGUCUGACUGUGUGUGCGAGCCAUGCGAUGCUGCUGCCACAGCGCUGACAUUUCGGACACCACCAGGAGGAAGGACUCGGGUGGAGAGAGGGCAGAGCAGCCCUGAACUGUGUCACAGCUUUCUGCCUGAGCGCAGUUUUGCAUAAUAACACCAAAACAAAUGUGCGUAUUUGGGGUCUGACACUGUUAGGAGGAGUGUGCAUGACUCUUUUCUUCCUCUAAGGAGGUAUUAUCAUAUUUCUUAAUGUUUACUGGCUGUGAAUUCUACCUGCUCUCUGGGAGGAAGGUCUGACCUCAUACAUUUAAAUGGCAAGUGUGCUGCCAGGGGUCAUUUCCACAGCGAGGUCCUGCAGUUUGACACCAUUUUGUGUCGUUGCCACUGCUUGUUUGUGCAUCGUUUAGUUGUUGGCAGUGUUUUUGUGUUUUUUUCCCCAAACUCCUUGUUAUAUUUUGUCCUUUUACUGCUGCAGCCAAACAAAAAGAUUUGAAAAGAAAAGAAAGAAAUGGAAUAUACAGCUGGAAAAACACCUUUGACAUGGGAAUGAUCAGUUAUUCUUACAUUCAUACAGUGUUAAUAGUCUAGGCAUUAAACAGCACGAAGGUCAGAAAGUUUAGUAAAUCAAAUAUCUACCAAAGCUUCAAGAAUUUCUGUAAUCUGAAGGGUCAAAACUUUUGUAUGUCAGAUAAAAUAUGGUAAAACAGAUGUAAUUUGAAAGCCAAAGUUUUAAUUCAUUUCCUCUGGUUUUGAACAAGCUGCAGUUCCUUAAGUUACCACUAGAGGCCGGUUGGAAAAGCCAAGAAAUAAACCUUAUUUAUAAAAAUGAACCUUUCCACAGAAGAGUAGAGCUGUUGAAAUGUCUGAUUGCCAUAAUAAAUCAGUUUUAUAGUGCCUAAACAAUCAAUAAAUCAAUCAAUUAAUCAAUCCAUCUUUAUUUUUGUAGCCCCAAUUCAAAGAUGCUUAACAAGAAAAAUCUGUAAAGAUGGACUGAGACUGACCCCUAUCUUUGAAAAUCAGACCCACUCCCAUCUCAUCUUCAACCACAUGAGUGAAAUACUUUACAGCUUUUCUGAAGUUAUAGUGAAGAAGAAGAAGAACUUUCUUUAACAGGCAGAAACCUCGAGCAGAACCAGACUCAUGUUAGACAGUCAUCUGCUGAGACUGAGCUGGGAUCACCUCACAGGAGGCGUGUUAACCAACAUACAGGACCACGACUUUUACCGUAUACUUCUUUUGGUGUGAUAUCAACAUUUAAUGACAUUUGUUAUGAAAACUAGGACAUUUUGACAGCUCUACAGCCGACCCAACGUUUUUACAGACUGGUGCUAAAAACUGUUUUGACCUCCUGUCUUUAUUGGUGACCAUGUUGGGCAAGUUACUGAAAAUUAGAUUACAGUACAACUUUCCACUAUCAAAGUACCUGAAUUACUGUGUUAUUGUACUAUUAACAGUGUUGGGGUAGUUACUCAUCAAGAGUAGUUUGUUACUAGUAACUAGUUACUUCUGUAAAUUGUAAUGAGAUUACUAAACUAGUUACUGCAUUUGAAAAGUAACUUCACUAUUUAUUACUUUACUUUUCCGUUUCUUAAUUUACCAUAUAGAGGUACAUGGACAAACAUCAUAGUCCGAUCAUUCUUUCUUUCUUUCUUUCUUUUUUUAUUUUAUUUCAAACAUUAUCUAAUCAAAUAAGACAGUAAAAUACAAAUCAGGAAGAAAAAGAAAACCAACAACAAUGUCCGAAAAGGAGUAGGAUGAAGUUUAAAACUUAUCGAGCUCCUACCCCCCUUUUGCCAACACAAACUUCUUUACUGCAUAUACAAUAGUUUAAAUGACUUCAACAGAUCUGAACUUUGCACAAAGGGAAACAAAGCUGAUAUAACACAGAAAGGCGCGUUCCUAUUGUUUAGUAAAGUAAUUAAGUUACUGAUUUUUUUUUUAGUGUAGUGUGUUACUUUACUUUGUCACCCCAAAAAGGUAAAAUCGUUACUGUACUCCAUUUCUUUAUAGUGCGUUACCCCCAACACUGCUUAUUAAACGAGGUAUAAUCAGGAAUAUGGUUGAUCUGACUUGCAUAUGGGCUCAUUAUGAUUAUUCAAUGGCUGACAGUAAUGGAGUCAAGGAAUAUCCUUGACCUUUUUGGCGUGCUUAAACUUUGCAGGUCAAUUUACAGUGGUUUUAUAGUACUAUAUUUAAAGUACUGUAUGUUUGGAUGAAUAAAUGCUUUCAUUAAGAGGCCGAUCAGGUAGCUAACCUGCAUUUCUUUAACAACAAAACACAUCUAUUUCUAAACCUGGCACUAAAUCCUGCAAAUUACACACAGGCUGCAAUGCUGUGUGGGAAACACGAGCCAAAGCUGUACACCAGUGUAGUCGUGCCCAUAGAAUAUAUUAUGGAUAUAAAUGAAAGCUGGAAAAACAUCCAGCAAGCUGUGCCUUUACUCUCUAACAAAAGCAGAAAAAAGAGGAAGAACAAAUACAACGACUGGAUCUAGUUUGCUCUAGAGAAAAGCAGACAAAAAAGCCGGACAGAGAAUGAUUAGCCUGCUGGAUAUCUGAAAGGAAUUCGAAGGUGAACCGUCCGAAACCCCCUCUGUGCCAAGAGAAGAGUAAUAGAGACAGCCAAAGCCAACAUCUUCAUCUGAGAUCAAUGCUCUCUAAUCCAGGACACAUGCUCGCAUUAAUGAUUUCUUAACCUCUCACACCGUCUUCCUCGGCCCCCCAACCCACCUCUUAAUCUCUGACCUGCUCAAUCCCCCAGCGAUGUUUGCCAAACAACCCAGAUCCCUGAAUCCCAAUAACUCCAUCCUGCUGGAGCAACACCAUUUGGCACCCAGUGUGUUUUAAAAAUGGUGUCCCACUGAAAUGUUCUCUCCCCUCUGCAGAGCCUCCAUCCCCCUGAUAAAUACCUUUUCAUUUAAUGAUGCAAUUUUGCUGAAAAGUUCAAGAUCAUUACAGACCAGAAAGUGAGAGGUGCAUACAUUACAGGCGACUAAAAACAAUGAGAUUGCCAAUUCGCCAAUGAAAAAUAUAACCAAGCUUGGUGUACAGGCUGUUGUGUAUUUAUGGGAGCCCAUUUGCUGCAGCUGAUAUUUGUAACUAGAAGGGGGCACCACAGUAUGUUAUGUCUGAAAUGAAAUAUGAAACCAUUACGGCAACAACUGUGAGGAUUUGGAGGAAGUCUGGCUGAACGCUGAGAGCUGGAAAUCAACUCACAAUGUGGUGUCCCAUCAUCCGCCGUGAGAUCAAGAUUUUGGGUGGUGGAAAGACUUACAAAGCUCACAGAGAUGGAUGGUCUCAUGAAUUAGUUUGCUUUAAAAAAAUCACGUGUCUUUUUUUUUCCAGACACACUGCAUAUUAUUUGAGCACGAGCAAUGUUCAAACUUAAGCAGGAUAGAGACCCAGGAAGGCCAGAAAAAUAUGAAAUAAAAAGGACCGAUCUGUCAAAGUUGUCUACAGAGAGGGCAUUAAAGGUGACCUAUUGUGCUGAUAUGUAUUCAUAUACAUUCAUAUAAUGAUACAGGAGUAGAUAUGUAUGUCCCAGGACUUGUAUUCUGGGUUGUCAGCUGGUUUUAUAACUCGGUAAGACUUGACCUAAACCUGACAUCAGGCUCUGCUGUCGUUGCUCUGCUUUGACUCAGCUCUGCAUUUUAUUCACAAAGUAUAACUCUGAGUUUCUUGUUUGUUCCCUCUUUGUUUCUACUUUCUCUUCCCAAAGAUAAGACACCAGAAAACAGUUACAACUUUUUAUGUUAUUAAGGACAGCAAACAGCCACGCCAUGGCUGCUCACCUCCGUUGACUUGACCUGUACAAACUGGAUUUACGUCUCAUCUGCUGCCUAAACCUGAAGCUGCGCUAUACUUUUAGCCUAAAUUGUUGCUUCCGCUUCGGGUUGGGCAACCAAACCUCUAUAAAUUAUUUGACAGACAACGUCACAUCCUGUGAGUCUUCAGAGGAAGUCUGCAGGAACUUUGCUAUUGAAACAUGUCAAAGUAAUGAAGGAAAUAGAAGAAAUUAUAGUGCAUGGACUGUUUUGGACUUAACUGUUCCAUCUACAAGACCUUCGAAUGUCCUAAGUAACAUACGAUGGAGCGAACAUCGGUGCAAAUGGCAUGCAUGGAUGUUUUCCGUAAAGGCGUCACUUUUGGACCGCUUCGUAAAUACAAAUCUGAGCGGGAAGUUAAACUCACAGGCUAGGUGUAACUUUCUGUCAGUGGAAAAGCUGCCAAAAAUUAAGUAUUUCAGACUUAAACUGAAGGGUGUCUUAAACAGAAUGAGAAAAACAGGGAGGUUUUUCAGCUGCAAAUCCUGCAGAGCUCAUGCAAAGGAGUCCCAGACUAACAUGAGACCACAUAUGAAAAAGUCACGUACACACAUCAUCGUAUUCAGAUAAAAUCCCAUCCGCACAAAACCGCAUAAAUGUGCUAUUGACUGUGGCUAUAAAGCAUGCCAGAGCUGGAGUUGGUAGUAUUUGCCAAAAAGUUGGACCCAUUCUAUCCAGUCAGAGAAAGCUACCCUUUCUCGUCGUCACUUCCCCAAACAUGAAACAUAGCACCGUAUAGUUUGUUCGUGUGGAUGACAAAGAGGUGUAAUUGUUUUUAAGCAUUGUUUCUGAACAUAAAGUCAACACGACACAAGAAAGUUGGAGGAAGGGUAAUUUGGUGUAGGAUAACCAACUGCAAAGCACUCCUUCACCUUUGCACCUCAUAAAAAUAUAUAUUCCGUAUAAAUCUGUGCUGUCAACUGCCUGACAUAAACAAGGGUGCAUAGUAUAUGAUGUUUAUCUAUUAGUUGUCACAGACAACGACGUUUGGGAAUUUAAAACUCCGGUUAUCUAUGUCCACACACAAACGCAAAAUCUUUCCAAAAUCUUUGCUUUAGUCAGAGUUUUUCAAAAGUGCAGUUUUAAUGAUGUGAGCCUACAUUUUCCAGCCAAAACGUAUAAAAAUAUAUUUGUUUCAGCAAACACAUGUGGACAUGGCCUCAGGGGUGCAAAGAAACUUUCAGAUCAGACGCACACAGCUGAUCCUGCAUCAGGAUGAUUCCUACACCAGUGACUGGCCAGAGUGUGCAAACCUCAGAGUAAAUGUGGGCUUUAUUAUUUUUGCAGAAACAACUUAUAACACCUGUAGACAGAAAAUUAAUAAUAUAUGAGUCUUUACAUUGAGGUUUUUUUUUUUCAAUAUUCAAUAAAAAACUCAAAAACUGGACAUGCUGUACCCUGUCUUCCAUGUUGUUGCUUCAGAGAGAUGCCUUCGCAGCUCUCUCCCUGUGUGUGUGUGUGUGUGUGUGUGUGUGUGUGUGUGUGUGUGUGUGUGUGUGUGUGUGUGUGUGUGUGUGUGUGUGUGUGUGUGUGUGUGUGUGUGUGUGUGUGUGUGUUUAUGUGUGCCAAACCUUGCAGCUCUUGUCCAGUGUCAAACAGCAGAGCCACUGAAAACAGAAGCUGAAGCCAAAAUGUCAGAGUCUGGUAGUGUACAAGCAUAAAGCUGAAGUUGUUGGAUUAAAUUAAGUUCAAAAUGUCACAUUCCUGAAAGCGCAGUCAAUAAGUGUAACUUCUUGUAAAGACCAGAGGCUGUGUUCCUGCUGGUUUCACUCUUCUGACACUCUCCACGGCUCAUCGUGUUCUCACAAAGAGAGGCUACAGAGCUUUUAAUAACACACAGAGAGCUCCGCCAUCAAACAGCGCACAGCUCCAAUGAUGCAUGCCAAACUAAAACAAAUGGGAUACAGUGCAUUUUCCUGUGAGACCAGGCGUCUACACAGCCUCGGAUUUACCCCACAUCCCGCCAUGCACAUCCUAGUGCGGCUGAGCUUUGUCAAUUAGGACCGCGCUCCCUAAUUAGAUUCCCUGAGUUAGAGCGAUAUUUGCUUUUCGGCUUUGCAGCUUCUCGUGGGAGUGCGAAGAUAUUCAAAUCCUUCUGAUCAGCACAUAAUAGUGUUUGGACUCAGUGAUAAUUACACCAAAGUGUUACUGUUUAAUCAUAUUUAGAGAAGUGAUUUUCCUAAUGUAGGACACCUCAGUUCACAAAAAAAUAACAUGUCAGGACAGAUUUUUGUUUGAAAUUACCUCACAGGUUUAUGAGGGGGAUGUUAGUGUGACAAUGCUGAUAUUCAGCGUUGCCAGUAUAUUACAUUCCCAAACUAACUCUGUGCCAUUAUGAGAUAGACUCUUUGUGCCGGGGCAACAAAUGAGAUUUCACAAAAACUCAUUUGUGUGUCUCCCUGACUUCUCAGAUUAGAGCCUUUGUAAUACAUCCUGCUUUUAAAGCCCCUAGUUAUAAUCGAGGUUAAUGUGAAGGACGACAAAAUACUGUACCGCCAAACAAACAAGACUGAUCUCUGACAGCCUGAAACCUACACAAACCUCUUAGUGAAAUAAUAAAGGCACAGUGAUGAGGGUGUUAGGGAAUAUGUCAAGGCCCACUCUAAGAAAGCUCUGAAGAGACUAAAAUCAUCAUUUAAAUGGAGAUUAAAACUCUGUCUGACAAAUUUGUCUGAUGGUUAAAAAGACACUUAUUUAGUUUACACAGCUCAAAACAGGAUUAUUGGUUUGUCCAGUGGGGCUACCAUUAGCAGAGCUAGCACCUUCCUCCCACCUAGCAGGUUCAUGUCCACAGACUUAUACUGCUAAACUUGAGCUUUAAAAACAUACGAUGUUGGUGCUUUGUGGUUUUCCUUUUAAAGCAAAAGCCUGACCAACGCUUAAUCGGAGGCACUCCCCUCCAUGCUUUUAUUCUGAAGUCGUAUCCUGGGCACUUGUUUGGUUAGGAGAGUCACUUGCAUGGCUCUUAACUCUUGCAACGUUUAAUAAUUUUAUUUAUUUUUUUAACCUGAAAUGCUCAAUGUUCCGUACGGAAGUGUAUUGCAUUCACUCAUUUAAAAAAAAACAAAAAGGAAACUUUUUUUUUUUUUGAGUAGUUUUUUUUUCUUUGCUGUUUUUUGGACCAAUAUUUUUUUCCCCUCUUUAUGUUUUUUGGACAAAUUUUUAUUCUGUUUUUCAUACUUUUUUUCCCCAUCUUUCUGUUUUUUGUACCUUUGAUUUUCGUCUUUGUUUUGCGGACGAUAACGUUAACAACCUUGGCUGCUCCAAAUCAGCGGAUUCUCCAGCUCCUAGAUAACUUCGACUACAGAUUCAAUGAGAGUAAGGCAUGUUAUUAGUUAAACAUCGGGUAUGCAAAUCCUGAGGUACCUGCGCAAAGUAGACAAACUUAUGACGAAUCCAUCUGUCUGACCUGAAGAAAAGAGGAUCUCUCAGCGUCUCAAACCCAAAAGAAAGUAAAACUUGAUUCAACUAAACAAUCGGGCCAUGUUUGCCUCCAAUGAAUCGAGCAGAGGGGGAUGAAAGCAUCUGUUUUUAUAUGAUCAUGAUCCCAGAGAGGAGGAAAAACAAAACAAAACAAAAAAAUAGUCAGAAAAACAGAAAAGAAAAAGAAAAUUAUUCUAAAAAGCAGAAAAAAGUUCGAGGAACAGAACAGAAAAAAUUACACUGAAAAAAAUAGCUUUUUUGGGGGGGGGGGU